AUGUUAGGUUUUGGGGGCGGCAGCAGCAGCAGCAGCAAGCAGCAGCAGCAGCAGCAGCAGCAGCAGCAGCAGCAGCAGCAGCGGGAGAAGAAGGAGAAGGAGAAGGAGAAGGGGGAGGAGGAGGGGGGAGAGAAGGAGCUGCUGCUGCUGCUGCUGCUGCUGGUGCUGCUGCUGGUGAGGAUGGGGAUGGGGUUGCAGCAGCAGAAGGUAUCUGCUGCAGUGGUUCUGCAGCAGCAGCAGCAGCAGCAGCAGCAGCAGCAGCAGCAAGCAGCGAAGCUCCCCCUAUAUUCACAGCUGGGGGCCCAGCAGCAGCAGCAGCAGCAGCAGCAGCAGCAAGCAGCGAAGCUCCCCCUAUAUUCACAGCUGGGGGCCUCUCCUUUGCUUAUAUACGCCGCAGCAACUUAUAUUUUGUUGCUGCUACACAACAAAACCCUUCUCCUGCUUUGCUUAUAG